GCCAAUAAAAAGCUUGUUAAUUUAUUAACGGAUUUCUUCAUCUGACUGACUUUUGCAAAGAUUUCCUCCAGCGGUCUGAAGCAGGAUGAACGAGUUUACUGGACCAGAGUGCACCUACCAAGGAGAUAUAACCAGAGGAUCGAUGGUUCAGUUCUAUUCCCCUCACUUCCGCAUUGAAAUACCAAACAACUACAGUGAUGUUAUGCACUCUAGUUCUCAGAUGAAAUGUCAGGAGGAAGCACCAGCUCCCAGUAUGGAGGAUUUGGCUUCGUACAGGUUUUGCUGCCCACCUCCAUGUGACCCUACACACUUAAUGUCUCAGGUCUCUUCUGUGCCGUACUCGGACUGCUCUUAUCCUCAGUCGAGCUCGUAUGAGUAUCCAGAUCCUCAGAUUAUCAUUAAAAAUGCAUCACUCACUUGGGGACCCGAGUAUGAAAUAUCUUCUGCAGAGGUUUGUGAUGCGGUGGCCAGCAUGAGCUCAGACAGAGCUGAAGAUAAGCAGAUCAGAGACGAGUCCACUGCACAGAUCAGACCGUGUGAUCAGUCUGACUAUACCUUGAGGGUUUUAUUGCCACCAGACAGCCACGGAGGAGAGAAAACCACCAUCCAAACUUCAAACGUAUGCCAGGUUGUGUGUGAUGUUGACGGUCCGAUCAUCCAGCCUGUGAUGUACACAUCAGAUUGCACACAGUCUGCUAAACAUUGUGCUACACAGGAAACAGGCUACACCUUCAACUCUGUAGCAGCACAGUUCCCCUCACAGUUUCAUCCAACACUUUGCCCUGUGCGUCCUGAUACACUGACGAUGGGGACAGAGGGGCAACACAACGGCAGUGUCGGUGUCAGCUGGGAAAAAUCCAAAAAGCCCUGCAACUGCACAAAGUCCCAGUGUCUAAAACUCUAUUGUGACUGCUUUGCAAACGGAGACGUCUGCAGCAACUGCAACUGCAUCAACUGCUAUAACAACACAAAGCACCAGGCCGAGCGGUACAGAGCCAUUAGGGCCUGUCUGAACAGAAAUAAGGAGGCAUUUCGUCCCAAAAUCGACAACAGGACCUCGGGGGACCUAAAGGGACGUCACAUGAAAGGCUGCAACUGUAAACGCUCCGGCUGCUUGAAGAACUACUGCGAGUGUUACGAGGCCAAGAUCAUGUGCUCCUCUACAUGUAAGUGUGUGGGCUGUCGUAACUACAGCAGCAGUCCAGUGAAGGGGAACCUGGCGUGGAAAACCCCACACUCCACCUACUGCCCCAACACCUUCAACAACCCCAGGAGCCGGGUGUUGUGCAUCACGCCUGCUGUAGUGGAGGCCACAUGUGGCUGUUUGUUGGCUCAGGCUGAGGAAGCUGAGAAGGAACGACGCUCCUCACCUCAUGCUGAGCGAAUGAUUCUAGAGGAGUUUGGACAGUGCCUGUCGGAAAUCAUCUCCUCCAUAUUCAAAGACUCUAUUGUGCAGUUCUAGAGCUCAGAUACCCACAUUUUACCCUCCUCUUACCCACCACUUACCCACCUGUUAUUAUUAUAUUAUUAUAAUGCCUCUUUCCAUUUUCUGCCUUUUCCUCUUCUUUGUAUUUUUAGGUGGUUUUUUUUUUAUUAUUUUAAGUGCAUUAGCAGAAAUGCCCCACUUUAGAUGUGAUUGAUUUAAAUCUAAUAUUUUUUUUAUCACAUUCAGUGACAUUUUCUAUUUCUAUAUGUUGGUACAGUUCACGUUUUAAUUUGAUUUAUAAUACAUUUUAAUUUUAUGUACUGAGAUGCACCGUUUAACGGCAGUUUUUGGAUUUCACCUCAUUUUGCAACUGUUUUUUGUAAUUCAUGUUGCUUUGUCCAAAAAGUCAUUUAAAGUCUGUGAAUAAUAUUUACAUUAAGCUGCUCUUUUGAGAAGCUUCUCACACUAGACUUUGAAGAAUGUCUGUGUAUGGGAAUUUGUGUCUAUUUAGUCAAAAGAUAGCAUUUGUAUAGCUGGGCACUGACUGAUCAGUGUAUAAUCUUAUGUAUAGGCUUUGUCUCUGUUGGUUUGUUGUAUUUUUACUAGCCUAAAGGUUUGAGCUGUGUGAUCUUUAUAUCAUUAAUAUGAUUUGUUCCAUAAACCUUUGUUGGGAAUAUUGGUGAAUUGUAAGCUUAACUAUAACACAAGAAUUAAAAUGACUUUUAUUACAUAAUACUUCACAUAUUAGGUGAAAUUUUGCUUCUUUCUGCUGUUCGUUCAUCCCGUUUUGCUUGUUUUUAUUUACUUGAAAGCGCUCACACUUCUGGGUAAAUUCUGGGGACUCGGGUGUAGGGUGAACCUGUGUGUAUCGAUCUGGGCUCAGGCGUUGACGUCAGCGUGGUCGACGUCAGCGUGUGUUAAUAUGGACUUUUCGGUUUAAUAGGACGGGCGUGGAGUUGGAGUCGUUCCUCACAGUGGGUUCUAUUGAACCGGGAGCCUUGGUUGUUCCUGAUGGAGAUAAAAACAGACAGCAGACUCACACCCGUCACUCUCUGUGACUCUUAAAAAGGAGCAGAAUGGUACCAAAGGUGCAGCUUUUAUGGACGUGCUUGGUUGUGACUGUCAUUUUCUCUGCAGAGUCAAACUGCCUUCAAAAGGUUAAUCUGCCUAAAAACUGGGGGCCGCAGUCGAUGCUCUACCUGAAGGGGAAAUAUGGAAGAAGAUUUAUUCCAGACAGUGACGUAGAUAUUUAUAAAUCAGCUCUGAAGAGCCUCUACACAGUUAUCAGAGAUUUUGAGAAGUUGAAGUCGAGGCAGCUGAGAAGAUCGACGCAGCUCUUCACCGCUGAGAACCUGAUGAUCCGUUACACAGAGGAGACAUGAUAUCGUAACCCCCGAAAAUACACCGAGGUGUAAACAUGUUUAAUCCUAAAUAACAACAAGCUUUAACUUUCAUCUUUGUUAUCAUGGAACAGAUAAAAUCACUCAAAAGUAAAA